AAUGUUAUUCUACAAGGGUGUCAAGACCCUGUCAGUUUCUGAAAUAAAUAUUGGGAAACGGCGAGAUGCAAAAGGCAACCUACUACGACAGCUCCGCAAUUUACAGUGGCUACCCAUAUCAAAGCGCAAAUGGCUUCAGUUAUGAUGCCAAUCAGGUCCAAUAUCCCCGGGCCUCUCAUGUGGAAAGUGAGUACCAUCGACCUGCCUGUUCCCUGCAGUCUCCUGACGGCUCCGUGGCUCUGCAGAAGCCGGGGGAGAUGGCGGAGAGCUGCGACAGGACCACAGCCAUUCAGGCGGCGCAGUCCAAGGUUCAUCCCGAAAGCAAUCAACCGCAGGUGCCGGUGUCAGGCCCACCCCCUCCCUCACAAUCCCCCGGUGCUAUCAGCCAAAAUACAAGCAACGGGUCCAACCAACCCAGCGCCAAGAACGGCUCCCCGACCUCCUCUACUCACGGCAAACAGAUCUUCCCCUGGAUGAAGGAAAGCCGUCAGAACACCAAGCAGAAACCAACCAGUAGCUCCAGUUCAGUGGAGAGUUGUCCCGGAGACAAGAGUCCUCCGGGGUCAGCAGCAUCGAAGAGGGCCCGGACAGCUUACACCAGCGCCCAGCUAGUGGAGCUGGAGAAGGAGUUCCACUUUAACCGGUACCUCUGCAGACCCCGAAGGGUGGAGAUGGCCAACCUGCUCAACCUCACCGAGAGACAGAUCAAAAUCUGGUUCCAGAACCGUAGGAUGAAAUACAAGAAGGAUCAAAAAGGCGUCGGAAUGAUGCCUUCCCCUGGUGGACAGUCCCCUCGGAGUCCAGUUGGUCCGGCCUCCGGUGGCGGUGGAGGAUACCUCAACUCUAUGCAUUCUCUUGUAAACAGUGUACCUUAUGAAUCCCAGUCGCCAACGUCUUACAAUAAACCUCAUCAAAAUGCAUACGGUAUGGCCACGUCAUACCCCCCUCCUUUAAACAGCUCGCUCAACAACUGCCCGCCCUCCCAGAAGAGGUAUCCUGGGACCGACUCGGCCACGCCCGAGUAUGACACGCAUCCUCUCCAAGGCAAUGGCAACUACGGGACGCACAUGCAGGGCAGCCCCGUUUAUGUUGGCGGAGGUUACAUCGACUCAAUGCCCAAUUCUGGGGCCUCAGUUUUCGGUCUGACCCACCUCUCGCACCCGCCGUCCGCAAACAUGGACUACAAUGGAGCAAUCACAAUGGGCAACAGUCAGCAUCACGGAGUGUGUGAUCCGACACCGACGUACACAGACCUAACGUCGCACUACUCUCAGGGAAGAAUCCAGGAAGCGCCUAAACUGACGCAUCUGUAGCUGUGGCGCUACCCCCGGAUCACUCCGCCCAUUGUCUUAUCCACCUCCAGACACAUUACUGCUUUGUUUCUGCGCCUCCUCAUGGCUCCCACCUUCUCUCUGCUUUUGUUUAUGUUUUCUAUAGUUUGAUGUGUGAAGUAGCGUAGGAUAAAUAAUCACGACUUGCUUGAAUUUUUUCUCUAUUUGCUCGUGUCAUUGUCUCACAUAGACCUUUAUCUGGGCUGUAGGACGUCUAGAGCGGGAGGGAGGGGGGCACAGUAUAUGCACAGGCCUAUUUAAUCUUUUUUUUUUUUUUUUUUUUUAAUCUUGUUUUUAAAUCGAAACUCAAACAGGGUAUUAUGAACAUAUGUUAUUCAUUUUUAAUGUGAAUUUGUCCGUAUUUUAUUUAUCCGCAGUUGAAGAAUUGUGUUUUUGCAUUUUGUUGCACUUGUGAAAGGAUCCUUCAGAGCCACGAGUUGGGAUUAGGAGAGAAAAUACAUGUUCAAAACAAGGGUCAUGAGCUUACACACAACCUCCCUUAAUGUUAUUUAUUAUGUUCGGUGUAAAAAAAAAAAAGAAAAGAAAAAAUCCUUUAGUAUUAUUUGACACCCCUGUGAUCUUUGAUCUUUGUGUGGGGAGAAGGUUGGUGGAUAUUAGCGUCUCAUUUCCCUCCAGCCCUUACAUGUAGUCUGCAAGAAGCUCCUCAGCAGCAGCAGCAGCAGCAGCAGCAGAAGUGUACCAUGUUGCUAUUUUCGUCUCUGUUUCCAUUUUUUUCCUUCUUCUUCUUCUUUGAGGAGGUGUUUUUAUUUCUCAGUGAAUGUAAAAUCAAUCAGUCAUGCAAUAAGGGUGGAAAGAAGGACACACGUUAGCAGUUUCUUUAUUGAAGAAAAAAAUAGAAACAGACAUCCUCAUUUUUUUUCGAUGUCAUACAUUCCAUGCUGCUCCAGUUUGAAGAAAUAAAUAAAAUAAUUGAAAUAUAAUUAAAGCAUAUCUUUCCAUUUUAAUUCAGACGCAUCUCAGAAGCAUUUCACAUGAUGACGAAAUUAAAACGA